AUGUUUGGGAACUCCACGUCGACCACCAGUGGUUUUGGCGGGUUUGGGUCAAAUAACAACUGGAACAAUAACAAUUCGUCUCCUUUUGGAACCAACGCUGUAAACAACAAUGCUUCGUCUCCAUUUGGUGCCAACAACACAAACACCGCUGCUGGAGGGCUUUUCGGGGCCUCUUCCAACACGGGCUCCGGAUUGGGUGGGUUUGGUGCCAACACGGCCAAUAAUGCCUCCAACACCGGUUCGACCAGCACCGGUCUGUUUGGAUCUGGAUCCACCUUCAACAAUAAUAACUCGUCUUCGCCGUUUGGUCAGUCUGCCUUCAACAACAACUCGACCGGCGCCAGAUCGACCUCGAACAGCAUUUUCGGUGCGUCCGGCAACACUGGGUCUGCUUUUGGUGCUGCGAACAACACCUCGCCGUUUGGUCAACAGGCUUCUGCUCCAAGAUUUGGGUCGGCCAUUGGAGUUGCCAACGUCCAGAAUAAGGGAACAGCCGCUCCUCCUUUCAAAGCGUUCACAGAGAAAGACCCAACCAACGGAACACAGUACUACGAGUCCAUUUCUGCCAUGCCUGAAUACUCCAAGUUUUCCGCUGAGGAGCUGAGAGUCCAGGACUACAUCGACGGCAGACGGUACGGCAAUGCCUCAGGUUCCACAGGAACAGGUGCUUUUGGUGCCACGUCUGGGUUUGGAUCGAAUAACACCGGAAGUGCUUUUGGAAACACCAAUUCUGGUGGAUUGUUCGGUCAACAAAGCAACACUUCUGGAGGACUGUUUGGCCAGAACAACAACACAAGCACCUCGGGUGGUCUGUUUGGCCAGAACAAGCCUGCUGCUGGUGGACUUUUCGGAGCCACCAACACCAACAACGCUGCCAGCACUUCUGCAUUUGGUUCAAACAACAAUUCUGCAUUUGGCUCGUCCUCGGCUCCUUUUGGCCAGACAAACAGCUCGCCGUUUGGCCAGCAGCCACAGCAACAACAGACGUCAGCGUUCGGUGCCACGAGCAGCUCGCCGUUCGGACAGCAAAACUCAAACUCGGGCGGCAUUUUUGGAUCGACAAAUAAUCAAAACAGCUCACCGUUUGGACAGCAAAACAACACUUCUGCGUUCGGCUCAAAUACCCAGACAGGAGGCGGGCUGUUUGGAAACACCAACAACACGGCAACAACCCAACCCAGCGCAUUUGGUAGUUCUGGUGCUUCCAACACCGGUGGCUUUUUCGGCUCCAACAACGCCAGCAAGCCUGCUUUUGGUGGAGGAUUUGGUGCCACUGCCAACAACAACACAACUGGUGCUUUCGGCGCUUCUAACAACACUUCAGGUGGACUGUUUGGAAACAAUAAUAAUCAGCAGCAGUCCGGUGGUUUGUUUGGAAGCAACAACAACAACCAGCAACAGUCGGGUGGUCUCUUUGGACAGGCAAACAAGCCAGCUGCUUCUGGAUUCUCCUUUGGUGGAGGUGCCACUAAUAACACACAGUCUGGCGGCCUGUUUGGUAACAACAAUGCCAACACCAACACUUCUGGUGGUUUAUUUGGAAACAAUGCCAACAACCAGCAAUCUGGUGGACUGUUUGGUAACAAGAGCACUACACCUGCCCCAGGAGGAUUGUUCGGAAACAACAACGCUAACACCAACACCGGAUCUACUGGAGGAUUUGGCUUUGGUGCUAAUAACAACAACAGCACUGCCACUUCUGGUGGACUGUUUGGAAACAAGCCUGCUGCUCCAGCUGCCACCACGGGCUUUGGUGCUACCAACAAUUCUGGCGGACUAUUUGGCAACAAGCCGGCUACCGGAACCACUGGCGGUGGAUUGUUUGGAAAUAACACCAACAACACAGCCACCUCCGGUGGCCUCUUUGGAAACAAACCAGCAGGAUCAACCACAGGAGGUUUGUUUGGUAACAACGCUUCUACCAACAACACUUCUGGCGGCUUGUUUGGCAACAAGCCUGCUGCCACUACUGGUGGACUGUUUGGAAACAACCAAUCCUCCACCACCGGCUCUGGAGGACUAUUUGGCAACAACCAAUCGACGGGAACUACAGGUGGAUUAUUUGGAAAUAACGCCAACCAGCAACAAAACGGUUUUGGCAACAACCAGCAGCAACAGCAACAGCUGGCGGCCUCUGAUCCAUAUGGAACCAAUCCGCUCUUUUCUUCGGUUGGAACCAACACGGCUCCAAUUGUUCAGCAGCCAGCUGUUCCAUUGGCAGUGCCUGUUAAGCCUGUGGUGAAGAAACAGCCUUCGAUCACCUCUGCGUACAAGCUGAAUCCGCGGCCGCUAUUCUCUGCAAACGACCUGUUGGCAGCCAAGCCAGGCAGCCUUGUUUCUGCGUCUUCUCCUUCCAGCGCAGGAUCCGUGCACUCGCCGAAAUCCGCUACACAGACUCUUAUUGAGGACUCUGAGGACUCUGUGAACGGGUCCAAGUCCGAGAAGCUGCUUCCUUCUGCCACCGACGACGCCAUUUUGUCGAGCUACAUUUUCGCUCCGUCCAGAAACGUCACCAAACUGAUCAUCGACAAAUCAAGCCAGGAAGACGAGUACGAAGGCCUCAAGACCUCGAACCUUCUCACACCUAAACGCCAGAUCACCAUGAAAACCCCAAUGAACCCCCUGACCCCAAAACCGUACGUCUCGCCAAGCAAGCUUGCUUUGGAGAACACGGCUGUGCAGACCGUUCAGAAGGAGGCCACCUCCACUCCGGAGUCGAAGCCAGAACCUGUUUCUGAGAAAACCGAGUGGGCCGACGACUACUGGAUCUCGCCGUCCGCGAAGGAGCUCGAGGCCCUGACGCCUGUGCAGCUCAAGGCGGUGGACAAGUUCAAGGUUGGACGUACUGGCUAUGGAUCCAUAGAGUUUCUAAAACCGGUGGACCUGACGGCUGUGCUGAUCGCCAAGAUCCCGGAAAUCAUCAUUUUCGACAAACAGUCGUGUGUGAUCUACCCAGACCUCAACCAAAGACCUCCUAUCGGCGAGGGCUUCAAUGUUCCUGCGCUGGUGUCUCUCGAGAGCUGUUUCCCGCUAUCCAAGGACACCAAAAAGCCGAUCACCGACCCGCACCAUCCGAUCGUCAAGAAACACAUCAGACGGCUGCAGAUGAUCCCAAACACCGAGUUCGUGGCGUACGACUCCAUCUCGGGCACCUGGCAGUUCAAGCUCCAGCACGUCUAG